UUCUUCUUUCUACUCCCUGUCAAUCACAUUGACAAUGUCAGCCGAAAGUCCCGGCGAGAAGAAAAGUGGCAUCCGGGCCUUCUUUGCCCACGCCCUCCGGCCCAAGAAAUCCCGCCAGGUUCUCCGCAAGGGCUAUAGCGCAUCAACGCCGGACCUACGAGGGGCAGCCGGCCUGCACCGACCCAGCACCACGAGCGAAGAUGUGCCGCCACUACCUUCCCUCGCGCCAUUGGAGGCCCAUCGGCUGAAGUACCGGGAACUCAACGCCAACAAAGACUCCCAGCUUGGUGAAAACCGCGACCAUACCGCCAUCCUCCACACGAUCGGCGACCAGGACUUCAACCGCUACGACCCCUAUGGCCUCGAAGGCGAAUAUGACAACCGGCCCCCCGGGGAGCCACACAUCGCCAGCCUACCCUCACAGCUCUGGGUACACCUCGCAACGAACUACCUCACGCUGGCCGACACGGCCAGCCUGGCCUUCUCCAGCAAAACCCUUCACCAACGCCUCGAACCGCUGGACCCGUUCCACGCCCUCUCCCUCCCCUCUCACCACACCCAGCGCAUCAACUUCCUGACCACCCAAGACCGCCACCUCCCCGACUACCUCCUCUGCAUCCCCUGCGCCCGCUUCCACCGCCGCACGCACCCAGGCCACGAGAAGCUCCAACCCGCCGAUACCCUGAACCCUCUCUUCACCUGCCCGGAAGCGCGCAACCCGCUCAACGCGCCGCCGCGGCACCGCAUCACGCACAACCGCAUCCUUCCCUACACCUUCGUGCAGCUCGCGAUGCGGGCGCACCGCUUCGGCCCGGAGUAUGGGAUCCCGUUCGCGGCGCUGUCACGCCGCUGGCGCCGCACGGAGUGGUCGCACCAGACGCGGUUCCAGAUCCACAACAACCACCUCCUGAUGCGGGUGACGUCGACGCGGUUUGCGGACCCGGGCCUGCCGCCGUCGACGGUGCGGCUCCUCCUGUACUCGCGCGAGGACUACGUGCCCUAUUUCUCCGUGUGCGCCCACUGGCGCGACGGCAACCUGAUGGCUGCCUGCAAGUGCGCCCUCUCGCACAUCCCCGUGCCGCGCGAGACCGCCGCCCUGCAGGGGCUCGAGCACCGCGCCAAGGACCUCCUGCACCGCCGCGUCUACAACCCCAACGCCCUGACCACCCUCUGCGGCAAGUGCCGCCCCAUGCGCCGCUGCCCCGAGUGCCCCUCCGAGUACCUCAUCGAGAUCAAGCUGACCGAGGACCGCUCCGAGGGCUCCGCACACAACCUGCGCUUCCGGCAUGCCAUCGUCGUCACCCGCUGGUGUGACCUGGGCGAUGGCUCGGCGCCCUCGCGGUCCCGCGAGUGGGCCGCCUGCUGUGGCGUCGACGGAUCCGCCGGGGAUCAUCAGGGGAAGACUCAUCAGACUCCAAAGAGGAUUCUGGCCGAGGGGGGCCCAGCAGGGGAAGGGGUUGUUGGUGGUAAUGAUGAUGAUGGGGACAGCCCUGCAGCUGGCAACGAGGGCGGCACGAGUAGCAGCAGUAACAGAAUCUACGACUCCUUCAAGGAGAUAGGCAAGCGGUCCAUCUCCGGGACCUUUGAGAGCAUGAUCACCGAUGAUACCCUUCCGGGCCAGCGGGUCAUCUCGAUGAACCCGUCCGGCAAGAAGUUAGGCGAGGAGGGGAAUUCCUGGUAUUGAAAUUGUUUCCGUGCAGCCUCCCUCCUCUGUCAGAGGGUUUUUGGUGGUUGGCGGUCGGUGGAUUAGGCAGAGUGUUUUUACGUGGUUCUGGGUCUGGAAUUGGGCGUCUGCGUAUUAUCGGACUCCGGGAAUAAUGGAGUUGGGUGGAAUUGUUUGGUUGGUUUGGAGUAUUUGCAUCAUGUUGUCAUUGUAAGGUUGCAAUUUUUAUAGACUGUUCCUAAUUAGGGCGAAAAUCCGAAAGGCCAUUUCACUGUCCGUGUGUGAUAGAAGAGCC